AUGCUCCUCUUGGAAGUUAUCUCAGGGGAAAGACUACCAAAACCAGACAGAGGGAAGAUGCGGUUCCAUAAAAUUGCUAACGUCAACAAGGCUCUGGAUUAUAUCGCCAGCAAAGGAGUGAAACUUGUGUCAAUUGGUGCAGAAGAAAUUGUUGACGGCAAUGUGAAAAUGACACUGGGUAUGAUCUGGACUAUCAUCCUGCGCUUUGCGAUUCAGGAUAUUUCAGUGGAAGAGACCUCUGCCAAAGAAGGGCUACUGCUGUGGUGUCAAAGAAAAACAGCUCCUUACAGAAAUGUGAACAUUCAGAACUUCCACCUUAGCUGGAAAGAUGGCCUUGGAUUAUGUGCACUUAUCCACAGACACCGACCUGAUCUUAUUGACUACUCCAAGCUAAAUAAGGAUGACCCGAUAGGAAAUAUCAACCUUGCCAUGGAAAUUGCUGAAAAGCAUUUGGAUAUCCCUAAGAUGUUGGAUGCAGAAGAUGUAGUAAACACUGCCAGACCUGAUGAAAGAGCCAUUAUGACUUAUGUUUCCUGUUACUACCAUGCAUUUGCUGGUGCUCAGAAGUUAGUAGGACAGUGCCUUAGAGCUGAGCUCAAUUCCUGUUGCCUGAUUUUUCCCUAUAUUGUGAACACUCCCAAACCUGAUGAGAGAGCUAUCAUGACAUAUGUGUCCUGCUUCUACCAUGCUUUUGCUGGAGCAGAGCAGGCUGAGACUGCGGCUAACCGGAUCUGUAAGGUGCUUGCUGUGAAUCAGGAAAAUGAGAGGUUGAUGGAAGAGUAUGAGAGACUAGCAAGUGAGCUUUUAGAAUGGAUUCGCCGGACAAUUCCUUGGCUGGAAAACAGGACCCCAGAAAAAACAAUGCAGGCUAUGCAGAAGAAAUUGGAGGAUUUUCGGGACUACCGUCGCAAACACAAACCUCCCAAAGUCCAAGAGAAAUGUCAACUGGAGAUCAAUUUCAAUACCCUGCAGACAAAACUGAGAAUCAGCAAUCGACCAGCUUUCAUGCCAUCAGAGGGAAAAAUGGUUUCAGAUAUUGCCGGCGCUUGGCAGAGACUUGAACAAGCUGAGAAAGGCUAUGAAGAGUGGCUGCUGAAUGAGAUACGAAGACUGGAGAGACUUGAACACUUGGCUGAGAAAUUUAGGCAGAAGGCUUCCACUCAUGAACAGUGGGCAUAUGGCAAAGAGCAGCUUUUACUUCAGAAGGAUUAUGAAUCUGCUUCUCUGACAGAAGUACGCGCCAUGUUAAGGAAACAUGAAGCUUUUGAGAGCGAUUUGGCUGCUCACCAGGACAGGGUGGAACAGAUCGCUGCCAUUGCCCAGGAGCUGAAUGAACUGGACUACCAUGAUGCUGCAAGUGUCAAUGAUAGAUGCCAAAAGAUAUGCGACCAAUGGGACAGCCUGGGAACACUUACUCAGAAAAGGAGAGAGGCACUGGAGAGGACGGAGAAAUUACUCGAAACAAUUGAUCAGCUUCAUCUGGAGUUUGCCAAAAGAGCUGCUCCUUUCAACAACUGGAUGGAAGGUGCUAUGGAAGACCUACAGGACAUGUUUAUCGUUCAUAGCAUAGAGGAAAUUCAGAGUUUAAUCUCUGCACAUGAUCAAUUUAAAGCUACUUUGCCAGAGGCAGAUGGUGAAAGACAGGCCAUACUGUCAAUCCAGAAUGAAGUUGAAAAAGUUAUUCAGAGUUACAGCAUGAGAAUAAGUGCAAGCAAUCCUUACAGCACUGUUACUGUGGAAGAGAUUCGUAGCAAGUGGGAAAAGGUGAAGCAGCUGGUGCCACAGAGGGAUCAAUCCUUGCAGGAAGAGCUAGCCCGCCAGCACGCCAACGAGCGUCUGCGGCGCCAGUUUGCUGCUCAGGCCAAUGUCAUUGGGCCAUGGAUCCAGACCAAGAUGGAGGAAAUUGCCCGUAGCUCUAUUGAAAUGACAGGGCCUUUGGAGGACCAGAUGAAUCAGCUGAAGCAAUAUGAGCACAAUAUCAUUAACUAUAAACACAACAUUGACAAACUGGAAGGAGAUCAUCAGCUUAUACAAGAAGCCCUGGUGUUUGACAACAAGCACACCAACUAUACCAUGGAGCACAUCCGUGUUGGAUGGGAGCUCCUACUUACCACCAUUGCUCGAACUAUCAAUGAGGUUGAGACUCAGAUCCUUACAAGAGAUGCCAAGGGUAUCACCCAGGAACAAAUGAAUGACUUCAGAGCAUCAUUCAAUCAUUUUGACAGGAGGAAGAAUGGACUGAUGGACCACGAUGAUUUCAGAGCUUGUUUAAUUUCAAUGGGUUACGAUUUGGGUGAAGCUGAGUUUGCCCGCAUCAUGUCUCUGGUUGACCCCAACGGCCAAGGAACCGUCACUUUCCAGUCCUUCAUUGACUUCAUGACCAGAGAAACGGCAGACACAGACACAGCAGAGCAAGUGAUAGCUUCCUUCAGAAUCCUGGCUUCAGAUAAGCCUUAUAUCCUGGCAGACGAGUUACGUCGGGAGCUGCCUCCUGAGCAGGCUCAGUACUGCAUCAAGAGAAUGCCUCCAUACACCGGCCCGGGAUCUGUGCCGGGGGCUCUGGAUUACACCUCAUUUUCAUCAGCACUGUAUGGAGAGAGUGACCUCUGAUUCCGUAAUUGGCCAUUUUCAUGGUAGACACUAUAAAUACCCACCUUAUUGCCCAGAUUGCUUCUCUAAAGCUUUGACAAGCUGAUUUAAAAAUGAGUUUUACAAAUACAGUAGGUACCAUCAGUGUAAAGUGCUAGUAACUAAAGUAACUAGUGUAUAUUAAAGUGUGCAGCACGCUACAUUUCUGCAUCAUCGGGUUUAGGUUGUCUGUCCUAUACAAUGCUAGAAAAUAUUUUUUGAAAAAUCACAAGAUAUUAACUUUGGAAAUAUCCAUUCAGAAGAUAGUAUGUAAAACCUAAGAACAUUGAAACUCACAAAAUAUUUCUCCAUUUUCAAAAUGUUUCAAUGCCAUAUGUGCUUCUUUU